ACGGAUUUGUGUGGACGUACUUUGUUAUUAAGUGUUUAUUUGCCAAGUUACAGUAGUUUCCUGCCAAAUACGUUUAGUUAUACUUCUGAUAUAUUACGACGUGCAUGACCCAAGUUGCAAUGGUCAAAUCGAAUGAUAUUGACAGCAGUAGCUCGAGUUCUGACUCGGAAAUAGAAGAUGCAUGCACGUCGGAGUCUGGAGCUGUGGUUGCUGUGCCUGCAGACGGUCAUCUGUCAUUGGUUGAUGAGAUAACGCACAGAGAACUUCCAAAGUGUAUCUAUGUGCAGCCAGAAGAUGAUGAAGAGGAGGAGGAGGAGGGUGAGACUGUUCAGGGUAUUCUGAGGAAGUCGUCAUCGGGCUUGGUGGAGAAGGAUGAUGAGCGCACUGAGAGGAGGCACUCUGCGGCACAUCACUGUUUGUCUGCAUCAUCGUCGACGAAGAAGAAGAAGAAACGUAAAAGGAGACUCGGCAUCUGCCUAUCGAACUGCAAAUACGAUGUUGGUAUGCUGUCAGAUGUGUGUAGAUUAAUGCCAGGAAAUGGCUCAGAUUGCAGGAAAAUGCUUCCUUACCUGUGCGGCCAGGGGGGUGGUGAAGUAGGAAUGUACUUACAGAAAGUGAAUCACUUUCCCGGCAUGAGCGAAAUUUGCCGCAAGGAUCUCCUGGCGAGAAACAUGAAUCGCAUGCAGAAACAGUUCCCUAAGGAGUAUGCGAUCUUUCCUCGCACGUGGUGCCUGCCUGCUGAUGCUGGUGACUUCCAGACCUAUGUUAGAACUAAGAAGAAUAAAACGUACAUCUGUAAACCGGAUAGUGGAUGCCAAGGGAGAGGCAUAUUUGUUACAAGAAACCCCAAGGACAUCAAACCUUUCGAUGAUCUCGUGUGCCAGGUCUAUGUGUCUAGGACAUUCCUGAUCGAUGGCUUCAAGUUUGACCUUCGCGUGUAUACAGUGGUGACGUCAUGUAACCCACUUCGCAUAUACGUCUAUAAGGACGGUCUGGCGAGAUUCGCAACUACACCGUACAGCGAGCCUACGCCACAGAAUGUUGAGAAUGUCUACAUGCACUUGACAAACUAUGCCAUCAACAAGAACAGUGCAGACUUCGUCCGAGAUGAUGAAGCUGGAAGCAAAAGAAAAAUCUCGACGAUCAACCGCUGGUGGGCGCAGCACGGCUACGACUGCGGUCGCGUGUGGGCCGACAUCGACGAUGUCAUCAUCAAGACGCUGGUCGCGGCGUAUCCUACGCUGAAGCACAACUACCGCACGUGCUUUCCCAACCACAACCGCGGCAGCGCCUGCUUCGAGGUGCUCGGCUUCGACAUCCUGCUCGACCACAAGCUGCGGCCUUACCUGCUGGAGGUGAACCACUCUCCCAGCUUCACGACGGAUUCGGAACUCGACAAGGAGAUCAAGGAUGGUCUUGUGUACGAUACGCUCGGACUCAUCAACUUUGCCGCGUGCGAUCGCAGGAAGUGCAUGGAGGAGGAGAAGCGCCGGGUGCGGGAACGUCUCUUCUCCAAGCAGGGCAAGAAGGAUGCGAGCAGGGUGGACAUGGAGGAUAGCACUUCGGAGAACCUGGCAGCACAGCAUGAGUAUGAGGACCAGCACAUGAGCAACUUCCGUCGCAUUUACCCCGUGCCGGGCAAGACAGAAUACUACGACCGCUUCCUCGACCAGUGCAUGUCACUGACCAAGGAGACAGCGGCUUCCAAGGCACGAGAGGAGUGUGCGAGGCAACAGAUAGAGGAGUUACGACUGAAGCAAGAGCGGUUACAAGCAAUGAUGAACAAGAACAAAGGCGUAAAAGCAAGCGAUGACCCCUCUGGUCGACCUGAGAGCCCACGCAGCAAGCAGAGGGUGCGCAGGCCUGCCUACCCGCGCGUAGCAACGCGCGUCAAGAGAUUGGCCGCUCUAUCAACCCAGUCUUCCCAGGGUCCGCCGCAGUGGCAGGUGGACACGUCGCUGCCGCUCGACAUCAGGGAAGAGGAGGAGAUGGAGCGUGUGAUGGGGCUGCUGGAGCGAGACCACCUCGUGCGCGGCACGGGCAUCGUUGAGUACGUGCAGCGACUCUUCAGCCCCAAGUACCACGCGAUGUACGGAGCUUGGCCGACGCAGCAGUGGCGAGCUCUUAUCAAUGACAUCAAGAAAUCGGUGAGAUCAGUGUCAGAACUCACUGGUGACACCAAGACAUCACUGUCAGCACAGGCAAGUAGUGAGGUGUUUGCACUGACUGGUAGUACAGUGUUUGCACUGACUGGUAGUACAGUGUUUGCACUGACUGGCGUAAAAGCAAGCGAUGACCCCUCUGGUCGACCUGAGAGCCCACGCAGCAAGCAGAGGGUGCGCAGGCCUGCCUACCCGCGCGAAGCAACGCGCGUCAAGAGAUUGGCCGCUCUAUCAACCCAGUCUUCCCAGGGUCCGCCGCAGUGGCAGGUGGACACGUCGCUGCCGCUCGACAUCGGGGAAGAGGAGGAGAUGGAGCGUGUGAUGGGGCUGCUGGAGCGAGACCACCUCGUGCGCGGCACGGGCAUCGUGGAGUACGUGCAGCGACUCUUCAGCCCCAAGUACCACGCGAUGUACGGAGCUUGGCCGACGCAGCAGUUUUUUAAAUGCAACCUGGCGAUCAUUGACCUAAACCAGACGGGGCUGGGUCACAUGGUGACGAGUGACCACUGCGGAAACAUGCUGGCGUCGCCGGUGCAGACGAUCCAGUAUGGCCGCGGCGUCGUGCAGCAGCGGGACCAUGGGUACCACUCCGAUGCCCUGGCCGGGGUAUGGCACUCCUCCAGUACCCGCGGAAUGGUGGGAAACUCACCUCCUAUUGGCAGCAGGUUUUCGCAGAAGAAUAUAUCACACAAGAUAUCACCCUCGGCUGCGUUUGUUAACCACAAGCACACGCAUUUGCCGGACCGAAGCUCAAAUAGAUCGUGGGAGAGAGUUGCUGGUGGUCUUCAGAAAAAGCCAUCCAAUGAGCUAGCGCUGGCCGGUCAGUCCGGCGGCGCUCUGAUGCUGACCGGGCAUAAGGCCGCCAACGGGCGACGCGACGCGCCCCCUGGUGUCUACACGAUGUACUCGCUGCCGAGUCUGUCGCCGGGCGCCGGGCAGCCUGACCUGACGGUCGUGUCGCAGCCCGCGCCCCGGGCUCAGCGGCCCGACGUCGCCGCCCGCUCCGUGCCGCUCUGUCUCGGCCGCGCGGGAACCCGACUGAAAGAGAAGCCGGGUGGCGCGCGCUCGCACUUCAGCGUCAGGUGA